UAAACCCGGAUCCAGUUGAACCAGAGGAUGUCAACCAUCACCAGUUUCCACCAGUUCGCCGUCUGAUGACCGACACGAAGCUUGGUGGCCUACCUUUACGAGUAGAAAGUUCACCACCUGAGGGUAAGACUGCGUUGAGGAGGUCACCGUCAUUGAUGACCGGCAUGAUAUCUCCUCUUCGCACUUCCAGGCAUCAUCCACCGUCCUUGAUGACCGGCAUGGAUGAGUGGGUAAAGUAA